GGCCUCCAUAAGUCACCAGCAAUUCCCACUCAGACGACCUCUUGUCACCCUCACUACGGUGCUCCUCCCCGCCACAUCUCCAAACAGGCGUCACCAUUGCUAGGGAUGGAUUGCAAAUUGCCCUCGGACUUUUGGGGCUUUUAAACAAUCAGACCGAGCAGAUUAACCAUUCUGAUACCAUUCCAAUGGCCAUCGACUUUGAGAACGCCAGCGCCACCAAGGACAACACAGAUUUGCCCAACUUCCAGGUCGGCCUGGAGAUUUUAGAUCUUGGCCGAGUUCAAUCCUGUCCGCUCGAAGAGAUGAUAACGACACACAACUUUGCUUCGGGCUCACCAGCAUACUGUAACCAAGCAGCGAAAAGGUUUCUCUUUGGGAAGACAAACACGGUUCAGAAGAAGGACAUGAUUACACAGAUAGAGUCAUACAUUCCAAAAGGUCGGGACAUUACCCUCGUGGGGCAUGAUAUUAGACAUGAUUUAAUGGCCUUGGACAACUUGGAAUGGACUUUCAAGAAAUCCGUAGUAGCCGCACUCGACACAUAAUACAGGAUGUCUGGUCAAGUUCUCCCUUAUUUCGCUCUUAGACUGGUAGGGCUUCUCCGUGAGCUCGGCUGUUCACCCACUGGGUUACACUGUGCUGGAAACGAUGCAUACUUCGCCCUCCGGGUUCUGCUGUACCUGGUAGCUAGAGGCUGUUCUGACAGGGUGGCAGAUUGUCAGAAUCUGGCUCCCUUACAGAGCAUCGCGAAUAGUCCUAUACAAC